UGGCUGCUCCUGCUGCUGAUUGGGGCCUCCUGGCUCCUGGCUCAUGCCCUGGCCUGGUCCUACACCCUCCAUGACAAGUGCUGCCGCCUCCGAUGCUUCCCACAGCCCCCAAAACGGAACUGGUUCUUGGGUCACUUGGGCCUGGUGAGUGGGGUGCCAGGACCGGGAUGGGACUUCCAAGGGGUCAGGAAUGGGUCCCCGGGGGCCUCAGAGCUGGGGGUCUGGGCUGUGCCCAGGACAGCAGAUAUCCAGGGAAGUCAAUGGGAGCCCCUCUUUCCUCACUCAUCCUCCAGGUCCAUUUCUCUCCUCUUCUGUCCACAAUAUGCCCUGAGCCUUACUCUUAUUCUUACACCCACCUCCUCCAAGCCUCCUUGGGGUCACCUUCCUGUCUGUUGUCCACACAUUAGUGCACCUUUCCAGGGUGGCUGGAUGGAGCCGAUGACCUGCCCUGACCUAGUCUUCACCCUGAACAUGGAGCCUUCCUCAGGGGCAUAGUCCAGGGUCUGCUUCCACCCUUGGUCCCUCAGUGGACCUCAGGCCACUGCUCAACCUUCUCUGGGUGAAGGGGCACAGUCAGGCCAGAGUAGGGGCCUCCUCACCCCCUCCUGGGGCACCUUCCUCUUCUUAUCUUGCCUUCCACUCUCAGGAUGUAACAAUGACCCCGUUGCCCAACCUGGAUAAGAGUUCACCACUUCCCCUUUUGGAAGCCUUCCUUGACUCCCCAGCCUUGACCUCCUCUGACCUGCCUUGCUCAUGUUUUACUUAAAAAAUUAAUUAUCUAAUUAGUUAGUUAAUUAAUUAGUAAGUUAAUUAUCUGUCCCUCCAUUAGACUGAGGUCAGGUCCUCUAUCUGCAAUGCUCAGCCAAGGGGCUGGCAUAGAGGGGGCACUCAACAAAUGUUUGAUGUUCUAGUGGUUGUUUGCCAUCACCACCUUGGAUCAUCCAAGGCCAGAGGGAGGAACUCCCAGCUGCUUCCCUCCCCCAGACCAACUGUCAGAUGCCUAUAACUGACCAGCUUCUCCUCUACCUGGGAUGAGAAUUAUAUCUUGGGAAAGGGUGAUGCUCCCAAGCUCUUCCCGGAGGUUUCCUGAGAUUCUGGGUCUUGGAAUUCCUGGAGGCCAUGGGACUGUCAUAAAAUUAUGGCAGUUCUGCCUUCCACUUGGCCUUGGAGGCUGGUCUUGAUCACCUUUCUUCUCCUCUUUGGUCCUCUUUGUUCCUUUCCAGAUUCAGAGCUCAGAGGAGGGUCUUCUCUACACACAGGGCCUGGCAAGCACCUAUGGGGACUUGUGCUGCUGGUGGGUGGGGCCCUAUCAUGCAGUCGUCCGCAUCUUCCAUCCUACCUUCAUCAAGCCUGUCCUCUUUGCUCCAGGGCACAUUUCUGGGAGAGACGAAGUCAUGUCAGAUGGUCUUUGGCCCAACUCUGAGGAUGCUGUUUCAUGUGAUGCCUUUGCUGAUCUCUGAUUCUGCAGCUUGAUCUGGUCACCCCUUACCUCCCAUUCCUUCCUGCUUCCACUGUGCAUGUCGCCAUUCAUGCCAUGUUGAGCUUGGUGGGUGUAAGGGCAUAUCCUCACCUGUGGUCCAUCCUCAAUCCCUUUCGUGACUCCUGAUGGCCCAUUUCUCAUGUCAGCCACUGUUGCACCCAAAGAUAUGGUCUUCUACAAAUUCCUGAAGCCCUGGUUGGGGGAUGGGCUCUUGCUGAGUGCUGGUGACAAGUGGAGGUGCCACCGCCACAUGCUGACACCUGCCUUCCACUUCAACAUCCUGAAGCACUAUAUGAAGAUUUUCAAUGAGAGUGCGAACAUCAUGCACGCCAAGUGGCAGCGCCUGGCCUUGGAGGGCAGUGCCCGACUGGACAUGUUUGAGCACAUCAGCCUCAUGACCCUGGACAGUCUGCAGAAAUGUGUCUUCAGCUUCAACAGCCACUGCCAGGAGAGGCCCAGCCAAUAUAUUGCAGCCAUCCUGGAGCUCAGUGCCCUUGUUGCAAAACGGCACCAGCAGAUCUUCCUGCACAUGGACUUCCUGUACUACCUCACUCCUGAUGGGCGGCGCUUCCGCAAAGCCUGCCAGCUGGUGCAUGACUUCACAGAUGCUGUCAUCCAGGAACGGCGCCGCAACCUCCCUGAUGAGGGUGCUGAUGACUUCCUCCUGGACAAGGCCAGGACCAAGACUUUGGACUUCAUUGAUGUACUCCUACUGGCCAAGGAUGAAGAUGGGAAGGUACUGUCAGAUGAGGACAUCAGAGCGGAGGCUGACACCUUCAUGUUUGGGGGCCAUGACACUACAGCCAGUGGUCUCUCCUGGGUCCUGUAUAACCUUGCAAAGCACCCAGAAUACCAGGAUCGCUGCCGGCAGGAGGUGCGAGAGCUCCUGAGGGACCAUCAGUCAGAGGAGAUUGAAUGGACAACUGUUGGGGGUUUCAACAGGGACGACCUGGCCAACUUGCCCUUCCUGACCAUGUGCAUCAAGGAGAGUCUGCGGUUGCAUCCCCCAGUCAGCAUUGUUUCCCGCUGCUGUACUCAGGACAUUGUGCUCCCGGAUGGCCGAGUUAUCCCCAAAGGUGUUAUCUGCCUCAUCAGCAUUUUUGGGACCCAUCACAACCCAUCAGUCUGGCCAAAUCCUGAGGUCUAUGAUCCCUUCCGCUUCCACCCAGAGAACACCCAGAAGAGAUCACCUCUGGCUUUCAUUCCCUUCUCAGCAGGGCCCAGGAACUGCAUUGGGCAGACGUUCGCCCUGACCGAGAUCAAGGUGGUCCUGGCGCUCACGCUGCUGCGCUUCCGCAUCCUGCCCGUGGAGAUAGAGCCCCGAAGGAAGCCGGAGCUGAUCCUGCGCGCGGAGGGGGGACUUUGGUUGCGAGUGGAGCUGCUGAACGCUGGUCCUCAGGAAUCCACCGCCACACGGCCUUAGAGCCAUCCCUGACUCCACCCAUCUACCUUUGCAGAUUCGCAGGAAUAAAGUUUUGUUCUCACCUCUG